CUACGCCGCCCGCUGCACACUGCGGCAGCGCCGGGUCCCGGACUGCCCGUGGGAGGCACACCCACCCUCUCCCGGCCGCACCCCUGCGCAGCAGCAUGUCGGCGCUCGAGUGGUACGCCCACAAGUCUCUGGGCGAUGGCAUCUUCUGGAUUCAAGAACGCUUCUACGAGUCGGGCAACCGCGCCAACAUCUGGCUGGUGCGCGGCUCGGAGCAGGACGUGGUGAUCGACACGGGCCUGGGGCUGCGCAGCCUCCCCGAGUACCUCUACUCCUCCGGCCUCUUGCAGGACGGCGGGGCGAAGGAGGAUGCGGGGCGCCGGCCGCUGCUGGCGGUGGCCACCCACGUGCACUUCGAUCACUCCGGCGGCCUCUACCAGUUCGACCAGGUGGCUGUGCACCGCGCCGAGGCCGAGGCCCUGGCUCGCGGGGACAACUUUGAGACCGUGACCUGGCUCUCGGACAGCGAGGUGGUGCGGGCCCCCAGCCCCGGCUGGAGGGCCAGGCAGUUCCGAGUGCCGGCAGUGCAGCCCACCCUCAUUCUGCAGGAUGGGGAUGUGAUCAACCUUGGCGACAGACAGCUCACUGUUAUGCACAUGCCAGGUCACUCGAGAGGCAGUAUUUGCUUACAUGACAAAGACCGGAAGGUUCUCUUCAGUGGCGACGUGGUGUAUGACGGCUCCCUGAUUGACUGGCUCCCGUACAGCAGGAUAAGCGACUAUGUUGGGACUUGUGAACGUCUCAUAGAAUUAGUGGACUCGGGUCUCGUGGAGAAGGUGCUUCCCGGGCACUUCAAUACCUUUGGUGCCGAAAGGCUUUUUCGUUUAGCUUCUAACUACAUUUCAAAAGCUGGGAUAUGCCACAAAGUGUCUACUUUUGCCAUGAGGUCUCUGGCAAGUUUGGCCCUCCGUGUGACAAACUCCAGGACCUCCCCUUAGUGUCUGUCCUGAUCCUUUGUUGGCGUUAACUGUGUAAAUUAACUCAGUUCCCUUGUGUUAUUUAAUAGUGAGCAUUUCAAAAAGUGCUUUUAUAUAACCAUAUUGUAUAUUAGAGAAAAAGAGGAUUAAGAAUGAGGAAGCCAAAAACAAAAAACAAAACAAACAAAAAGUAGCUGUCUUAGCGUUGUAUGUUUUUCUUUUUUCCAAGGAAGAAGCCAGCUGACCAGUGCUGUCAUUUCAGAGUGUUUGCUCUGGAAAUGCUGUGGGGUGAUCUGGGCAGCAAGGGUACACUCACCGUAGCGCAAAACCUGCCCAUGCUCCUCCUUAGUGUACUUCCCGGGAUGCCUAGGGGGAACCAAAUGGAGUUCUGGGCUUGCCCUUCACACCCGAUUCUGUGUCCAUGUUUUAUUUAAAGAUAAAGUUUCUUGGGUUUAAAAAUAAAGUAGAACUCAAUAUGAAUUAGCAUUAGGAUGACAGCUAAAACAUCCCAUAUUUGUGACCCUGGAUUUUAUGCCUCUUUUUUAUUUUUUCUUAUUCUUUGUAUAAGACAUAACGUGAUAUAUAAUUUAACUUAUGAACAGUACAAUGAAUUUUUUGUCUUAUUGCAAAGCUUUAAAUAUAAACUGCGGAGUGUUUCAGUAAAACACUACUGUUCGUUGUUUGUUAUUGUGUAAGUAAUAUUUUCAGUCAUGAAAGUGAAAUUCAAACGUAUGUAACUUAACUUCAGAUUGUCAGAUUUCUUAAAAGGACACUGUCAGGCAAAUUUGAAAAUAUACACAUUGAGAAUAAUUUUUUAUUAUAUCCUAUUUUAGUAUUAAUAGAUAAUAUAAACAAAAUUUUUCUGGUUAAAUAAUAACUUCAGUAUUGUGUCAUGAUUUACAGUACCAAAACAAUUCCUGAUAGCUAUGACAUCUUAAUGUAAAUCAUUCCUUUGAUUGAUAUGACAUGUA